AUGUUGAGUUGGGAUAUGGUCGAUCUUGGACCUCGAAUACGGGCUUGUUCAGGCAACAGCCAACAGUCAGACCAAAAAGGGUCAGUGGGCCCGAGCCGUUGGCCCACUCGGUCCAUUUCAGAUCCCAAAAACAGCAAGACAAGUCAUACUUUUGAAAGCCACACCAACACUCCAAUUCACCAAGUCACUGGCAUUUGCAAAGAACCAUUGCUCCCCUCUACAGUUGCUGUUCACUGCAAUUUCCUCCUUUUAGGCUGUGGAGUAGUGUGUGAAGAACUUGGACAUGACUCAACUGUUGUGCAGCUCAAACAUGCUGCCUCCAAAACCCCAUUUGGACUAUGUGCCUCUAGUGAUAAUGAUAAUGAUGAUGAUAAAAUUGAGCCAUUAGACAAAUUUCUAUAA